AUGGCUCUAGCAGCUUACCGGCACCUGCUACGCUCGGCGAGGAUAGCCUUUCAAGGCGACCUCCCACUCCUCCACGCAGCGCGUCAAGAAGCCCGCAAUGGGUUCCGCAAGAACUCAAAUCUAAGCCCUGAAGAUCCAGCUCUGGCACCUGCCAUAGCACAUGCUGAGGAUGUUGCUAAAAUCUUGAUGGAAAAUGUGGUGCAAGGGGAACAUAAAGGGGAUAACAUGUACAAAUUGCGGAUGCAUGACCGUACUGAGCGAGGAGACAAUGAUACCAUUAAGAUGCCGAAUGGGAAGACAGUUGUUAUUGAUGGGAAGACAUGUGGGGAUAAAUAA